AAGCUCGUUCACAAACACAGCGAUAGGACAGACAGUUGAUCAGCAGGUGUAAUGAAAGCACAGUAACACUUAAACAUUUUCAAAUUGGCCUUGAUGUUUGGAUAGAAACACUGGCGCUGUUUGACCUUCAAUCAAAAAAUAAGUGGAGACGAUACUGGGUAUUUACGGGCUCAUUGGCAGGGUUGCCCGGCAUGCAGACGUGGUAAUGCCAAGAGCUGAAUCCGCUGUAAUGGACAACUCGUGUCAGGCCCUGUGCCGCACCUUAGUCACUCAAAAUGGCCUUCAGCCAGAGAAUGUGGACAUUUCACAGUCAGUACUAUACACAUCCAUCAUGGGACUCCUGCUGGUGACAGACAACGAGAGAGAGCUGCAACUGGGAAAUGGACAAGUUGGACUGCGCAACGUUGGAAAUACUUGUUUCCUCAAUGCGAUUGUGCAGUGUCUCUCUCACACUCGUAGUCUUCGGAACUACUGUCUGAUGAGAACUUACCUUCAGGACAAGCACUCCAAACAAGAACCUGUGCUUAUGAAUGAAUUCUCUAAAGUUUUGGCUGGCUUGUGGGAAUGUAAUGGUGGGGAAACCACAGUGAAUCCUGGGAAGUUUUAUCACGUGUUUAAAGAGUCAGUGCCUUAUUUCAGUGGCUAUAGUCAGCAAGAUGCUCAGGAGUUCUUGCGGUUCCUUCUGGACAGGCUACAUACAGAAAUUAACCGUCGUCCAUCCAAACGUCCUGCAGUUAUGGAAAUUAAGGAACCAACAUACACACGAUUCAGCAGGAUUUCAGAGGAGGCCUUUGCAAUGUGGCAGAGGCAUCUUGACAGGGAUGACAGUAAAAUUGUUGAUUUGUUCUCCGGUCAGCUGCGCAGUUCCUUACACUGUUCAGUCUGCUCCCAUUACUCCAACACCUUUGAUGUGUUUUGUGACCUGUCACUCCCCAUCCCAAAGAAGAGUGAUUAUGGACGAACUGUCACACUGAGAGAGUGUCUAGACCUCUUUUCACAAGAGGAAAAACUUGAUAAAGAAAACUCACCGAUGUGUGAGCGGUGUAACCGUCACACUGAGAGCACAAAAAGACUGACCAUCCAAAGGUUCCCUAGAAUCCUCGUAAUGCACUUAAAUCGAUUUACCAUGUCAAGGUACUCAAUCUCAAAGAGCACAGUGCCAGUUUCCUUCCCCCUAAAUGGGCUGGAUUUAGGGCCAUUUGGACCUGUUGACUGCGGUCCAGUGCUGUACGAUCUUUAUGCAGUAUGCAAUCAUUCUGGCACAGUAAAUAUGGGACACUACACGGCUGCAUGUCUGGAGGAGGAGGGCUGGUGCUACUAUAAUGACUCAUGUGUUGCUGAAAUAACAGAGGAGAAGCUUCAGUCCAAUCAGGCAUAUGUUCUCUUCUAUGAGCUCAAAAGCUUCAAUGUCACCAGAAAAUGAGGGCAGAGAAUGUACUUUGUUAUGAGAGACUUCAGUGAUUAUUUGGCAAAUUUCAGAUACCACAGAAAAAAGUUGCACUGUGAUGUUGGGGAGAAAGUGAAUGAGCUUGAAAACUGGUCAUUUUACAUAAUUGUUAAAUUUCAUUGUAUAUUCAUGUUACUGAGGUAUUUUCGCUACACUAAACAAUGUGUUUUAUUAACUUUGCAUUUUUUUAUUCUUAACAUAAUUAAAACUUGAAAUUUGCUGUAAUGUGUUUUAAUUAAGAGUGGAAAAACAGGGCUGAAUUAACAGGGUAAUUAAUGCAGAUGGUGGAUUAUAUAAAACCUUUGUAUGACUGUGCAAGCACAUGACCAUUGUAUAUUAUGUCUGGCUUUACACAUAUGAGGGUCUUCAUCAUAUAAAAUCUCUUAUGCUUCUGUUAUGGAAUGACAUGUAAAAUAAUGUGCCAUAAACUAAUGCCCAAUCCCUCCACUUUAAAUCUUUUUGAUCAAGUGUUAAAUUUGAUAUUUAGGUUUAACACUAAUCCAGUGUAUGUAAAAAUAACAACAAAAAAACCCAACUUUUUAAUGUUUGCUUUAGUUUAGAUGUAGAGGGAUUUGUAGGUAGUGUCG